AUGGGUAAACUAGACGUAACGGUGCUCCGGUAUCUCAGCAAAGAGGAUUUUCGGAUACUGACAGCAAUCGAAAUGGGUAUGAAGAACCACGACCUGGUGCCCGGAGCGCUGGUGGCCGCUAUUGCUAGCCUGAAGGCUGGUGGUGUGCAUAAAUUGCUGCGCGAACUUUGCAAACAUAAACUGCUCACGUACGAACGUGGACGACGAUUCGAUGGAUUCCGUUUGUCAAACAUGGGCUACGACUAUCUGGCCCUCAAAGCGCUCACCCUGCGCGGUUCCAUUGGCGGUUUUGGAAAUCAGAUCGGUACGGGAAAAGAGUCCAACAUCUAUACCGUGAUGGACAACGAAGACACGCCACUCUGCCUAAAGUUGCAUCGCCUCGGGCGAAUUUGCUUCCGAAACGUGCGGGAAAAGCGCGAUUACCAUGGCAAGCGGCACAGGAUGAGCUGGCUGUAUCUUUCGCGCAUCUCGGCCACACGCGAGUUCGCUUACAUGAAAGCGCUACACGAUCGUGGCUUUCCGGUGCCGAAACCGAUCGACUUUAAUCGGCACUGUGUCAUCAUGGAACUGGUCGACGGCUACCCGUUGACGAACGUGUGCGAGGUGGGCAACGUUGAGGCACUGUACGAUGAUCUGAUGAACCUGAUCGUCCGGUUGGGUAACUGUGGCGUGAUUCACGGGGAUUUCAACGAGUUUAACAUCAUGAUUACGCAGGAGCAGCACCCGAUACUGAUCGAUUUUCCGCAAAUGAUUUCGACCUCGCAUCCGAAUGCGGAGAUGUACUUCGACCGCGAUGUACAGGGCGUGCGCGAACUCUUCCGCAAGAAGUUUGGCUACGAAAGUGAAGAGUUUCCUCGAUUUGGCGAUCUCGAACGAGACGACGAGUUGGAUCGUGAGGUGCUAUGCUCGGGUUACGGUUUCACGCAGGAAAUGGAGGAUGACUUGAUGAGAGAGUAUCACGAAGCGAACAAGGACGAGCAGGACGAGGAAGACGAGGAAGACGAAGAAGAGAGCUCCGCGGGCGUUUCAGACACAGAAGAACACGAUCAGGGCGCAACGAUCACGUUAGACGACGACAAGCUGGAGGAAUGCCGGAAAAAGCUGGAAGAGGAAAUCAAAAUUUCCGAAGAAAAACCAUCGCAAAAAAGUGCAAAAAAGGCCGAUGCCAACUCUGCCAUCCUUAGCUACCUUCAGUCCAUGUCGGGCCAGGAUAGUAUGGAAAAACCCGCACCCGUCGAAGGUGAAGAACAGCUGGAGAUUGUCGCAACCGUCACCGCGGAGGUCGAGUCGGAUGGAGAAGAGUUCGUAGAAGCCACUAGCCACGAAGGACUAGCCGAACGACGCGAUGUUGAGUCGGAUGACCCCGAAAGUGAUGCGGAAGACGAGGCAGGAGUUGACCGUAACUCGCGUCAGUAUCGCAUGAUGAUGGUUCGGAAGCUGCUGAACGAUGCACGCAGUGUCCGAUCGUAUUCAACGACCGCCAGCACAAUUGCGCCGUCCCUCAUCACCGGCCGCAUAAAGGGCGAUCUGCAAGUCCGCGAAAAGCGUGAUCUGAAGAAACGCUGUGUGCCCAAGGGUGAGGCUAGUGCGGUGCGUCGAAUGCGUAAGGAUAACAAUUCCGUCGUGAAGGAAUACCGUGGAUGGGAGUUCUAAAAAUCAGUUUACUC